CGUCGGCAGCGGUAAUUUGGUAAUUAUAGGGAAAAAGGAGGGUUCCUUGGAAUUGGCGAAUGUUUGUUUAUUUUUGGGGCGCCACCAAAACCCACCCAGACCGGACUACUACCUUGCCACGACAGCACCACCUGCACCAUCCUUCCUUUCUUUAAUUCCCAAAUUACAACCACCGCUUUUCCCUCACACAUGUCUUCUUCUCUUCUCUAACACAGUAACACCACAACCCUCUCUUUCUCUCUCUCUCUCUCUCUCUCUCUCUGCAUUGAGCAACUCAUCUCACUAAUAGAAGCAGCCCUAACUUAGUUUCUCACACACAAAUUCUGAGUUCAGACACUGAAAACAGUACUCGUAGAUCGAUCAAAGAUGGGAUCUGGAGCUGGAAACUUCAUCAAAGUCAUUCUCAAGAACUUUGAUGUUCUUGCUGGGCCGGUGAUUAGUCUUGUUUAUCCUCUGUAUGCUUCAGUUAGGGCAAUUGAGAGCAAGUCACCUGUGGAUGAUCAGCAGUGGCUCACUUACUGGGUUCUCUAUUCCAUGAUCACUCUCUUUGAACUCACCUUCGCCAAACUUCUUGAAUGGAUUCCUAUAUGGCCCUAUGCUAAGCUGAUUAUAACCUGCUGGCUGGUCCUUCCAUACUUUAGUGGUGCUGCUUAUGUUUACGAGCAUUAUGUGAGACCUUUCUUUGUUAAUCCUCAGACAGUUAACAUCUGGUAUGUUCCAAGUAAAAAGGACAAAUUGGGUAAGAAAGAGGACAUUCUAACUG